AUGACACAGCUCGAGUCCAAAUUUCUCUUACGAGAGCCCUUGGAUUCCAAAGACGCGCGCUGGAAACGCUUAGUCAAAACACAUUACAUUGACCCCAAUGGAGUACAGCGAGACUGGGAGUCAGCUGAGCGACAGACAAGACCUAAAGAUUCCCUCGUGGAUGGAGUCAACAUUGUAGCAUUCUUGAACAAAUCAACGGGCUCGGAACUCCUCCUUGAGAAGCAAUACCGGCCACCAAUUGACCAAGUUGUCAUUGAGCUUCCGGCCGGCCUCAUCGAUGCCGGCGAAACAGCUGAACAGGCUGCCGUUCGGGAGCUCAAAGAGGAGACUGGGUUUAUUGGUGUUGCUACUAAGAGCACUGGGAUUAUGUACAAUGAUCCUGGGUUCUGCAAUGCUAAUUUCAACAUGGUGUACGUUCAGGUUGACAUGUCUCUGCCGGAGAACCAGAACCCCAAGCCUAAUCUUGAGGAAAAUGAGUUCAUUGAGUGUUUCACGGUUCCGGUUUCGAGGCUUGGUGUUGAGCUUGAGAAACUAGAGAAGAAGGGUUAUGCUAUUGAUGCUCGCGUGGGGUCUAUAGCUGAAGGGAUCGAGAUUGCGAAGAGUUUGAAAUUUUGA